AAAUUGACGAUUUUCAUCCGGUUUCCAUUUUUUCCUUUAUUCCAUAAUGGAUUUCAAAGCAAAACUACUUGCUGAAAUGGCAAAAAAACGAAAAGCCGUGUCUGGAAUGGAAGUAAAAGAAGGAAACGCAAAGUUUGUCAAAGGCGCUGAUUUAGAAAUGAAAAGAAAUCAGGAAUACGAAAGAAAACAGCAGGAAAUAGCUAGUAAGAAACGAAAAGUUGACGACGAGAUACUUCAAGAAUCAUCCAGUCGAACUAAACCCGCGCCCGUGGAAAACGAAUCAGAGAUUGAUGAAAAAACACCAAUGUCGGAAAUUCAAACACGUCUUCGCCAGCGAAAUCACCCAAUUAUGCUUUUCGGUGAAACUGAUAUUGAUGUGCGUAAACGCCUUCAUCAGUUAGAACUUGCUCAACCUGAUCUCAAUGAAGGAUGGGAAAAUGAAUUACAAACAGCAAUGAAAGUUAUCGGAAAAGAAAUGGAUAAGGCAGUGGUUGAAGGUACAGCUGAUAGUGCAACACGACAUGAUAUUGCUCUUCCACAAGGAUAUGAAGAAGAUAAUUGGAAAAAUAUCGAACAUAAUUCAACUCUUUUGAGCGUCGAUGACGAUUUGAAACGAGAUUGUGAUAUUAUUCUUUCAAUUUGCCGUUAUAUACUCGCAAGAUGGGCUAAGGAUCUGAACGAUAGGCCACUGGAUGUAAAAAAGACAGCACAAGGUAUGCAUGAAGCAGCCCAUCACAAGCAAACAAUGAUGCAUCUUAAAAGUUUAAUGACUUCAAUGGAAAGAUACAACUGUAAUAAUGAUAUUCGGCAUCAUUUGGCCAAGAUUUGUAGAUUGCUAGUAAUUGAUAGAAAUUAUUUGGAAGCAAAUAAUGCCUAUAUGGAAAUGGCCAUCGGAAAUGCACCUUGGCCAGUUGGAGUAACUCGUUCUGGUAUUCAUCAACGUCCUGGAUCUGCAAAAUCAUAUGUCAGUAAUAUUGCUCACGUACUGAAUGAUGAAACUCAGAGAAAGUACAUUCAGGCGUUCAAACGACUGAUGACCAAAAUGCAAGAAUAUUUUCCAACGGAUCCAUCGAAAAGUGUCGAAUUUGUUAAAAAGGCUGUUUGAAUUCUCAUUAUUUAUCUUGUUCAAUUGUUGUUUAAUUAUUUAUAAGUUAAAAAAAAGGAAUUUAUUUUC